AUGGUGGAAGGUUUGUACUUGGGUUUUGCUAUAAUUUGGUUUCAGAUCUGCGGUAAUGCAUAUUCAGCGACCUUCAAUUGUAACCAAGCAAAAGCAAAGGCAAAAUAUGAUUUUAUUGUUGUUGGUAGCGGACCUGGUGGCGGUACAGUUGCUAGUGAACUCGCUUCACGUAAUUACAAAGUACUUCUUAUUGAAGCUGGGCCAGAUUACAGUACAAACAAUGUAACGAUACCUGCAUUUGCUCUCGUAUCAGAAGUUGAUCCAAAUAUUCGAUUGGACUAUCUAGUUAAUAUAUAUAAUUCAUCAGCUAAUACAAGAAUAUUAUAUCCAAGAGCAGCUGCUUUAGGUGGUUGUUCAACGCAUAAUUUAAUGAUUUCAGUAAGAAUGAAUCCUUCUGAAUGGAAUCAUAUCGCUAAUGUUACUGGCGAUACGUCAUGGAAGAAUGCAAAUAUGCAAAAAUAUUGGAAUCAAGUUGAAAAUUGUAAAUAUUGUGCAAAGCCAAAUAAAUACAAAGGUUGGCUCAAUGUAUCAUUACCUAUGAAGAGCCAGCCUGGUUUAAAAACGAAUGAAGUAUUAAAAGCUCUGUUUGAUACAGUUAGUGCAUCAAUGCCUUUUAAUCCUAAUGUGAAUCAAAAGCCUAUGAACAGUUGGUUUUAUGUACCCACUGCCGUUAGUAAAGAAACAGGCACAAGAUCAUAUGUCUAUAUUCGUCUUAAAAAUGUUCAAGAUUCAACUGGUUCGAACCUUACGAUAAUGACAAAUACAUUAGUAACAAAAAUAAUAAUCGAGAACAAAACAGCUUGUGGUGUGCAAUAUGUUAAAGGUGCAUAUUUAUACAAAGCAACUGGUGGACAAUACAGUACACCGCAAAUAUUACAGCUUAGUGGAAUUGGUGAUAAAACGCUACUACAAUCACUUGGUAUCAAAGUAAAACAACAUUUACCAG